GUUUCAUGUACUUAAAAUAUCCAUCUGUGUUUAGACGCUUAACGUGAUUGUGAUUAAAGAUUUAAUUUUAUACUACGUCAAUUUUAUUACAAUAUCAAACAGUCGAUAUGAAAGAUUAUAAAUGCACAACUGCUGUUUACCUUGCUAGAGGUCGACAAUUCCACAUUACAAGAUCAGAUGGUAUAAAACAGAAAAAUGAUUUAUAAAAUUUAAAAACAGUUAGAAGUAUUGAAAUUAAAAACGUUUAGAUAGUAGAUAGCAACUAGUAGCUUGCAAGUAACUGGCUGAAACUAAAUACUCCACAAAACCAGAUGCGGUGGAAACCAAAUGAAUAGAUAGUUUAGUUCGUUAUUUAGUAUACGCAUCGUAGCGUCUAAUAGUGGAAGUGGCGAUUGCUAGUUAUUAGUGAUAACAGAAAUUGUGUCAAUAAUAUGAAAACAUUUGUGUGUGUGUUUUUAUUUAUGACAAACGUAUUUGCAGUUAGAGAAAGAUCGAAACCGAAGAUAAUCAUAGACAAUGACGCCGGUGGAGAUGACGCGAUGGCUAUAUUCCUUGCCAUACUAUACGAAAAAUAUUUUGACGGGCCAAAGCUAAUCGGCUUAACAACUGGCAAUGGAAAUACAAAUUUGGAUAAUGUUUGUAGAAAUAAUCAAAGAAUACUAAAAGCCGCAAAAAGAGAAGAUGUUCCGAUUUACAGAGGAUCCCAAGGAUCUCUUGUGGUGACACCUUCAGUUACUGACUAUUAUGGGAAAGAUGGUUUAGGAGACUGUGGACUGUAUAUGUCGGAUUUAGCACCACUGAAUGAGCAAAACGCUGUCAUAGCACUUAUUGAACAAUCAAAGAUUCAUGAAGGUAAUUUGAUAGUAGUAACAUUAGGAACUUUAACCAAUGUGGCACUAGCAAUCAAAUUGGAUCCUGAUUUCUUGAGACGAUUAAAACAAUUGUACGUCGCAGCCGGCCAUAUACAAAAUGAAGAGAAUCCUGACCCAGAAUUCAACGCAAGUAUGGAUAUAGAAGCGUACCAUAUUGUCACACAGUACGCGACCCCUGAUAAAGUGACUAUAUUUCCGUUCUCGCAAGUGAAAAGUUGCCUAAACUUCACACGAAAUUGGAGACUUGAAUCCUUGGGUAAAAUUAGCACAGAUAUAAUACGUGCGCAAAAUCUAUUUGAAAAAAUUGCCAUUGAUAAAAAUGAGGAGUGGCAGGCAUUGGAUCCGGCGGCUGUUGCGGUGAUACUGAAAGAAGAUUUAGUUGAUGAAUACAAAUAUUCAAAGAAUGGUAUUAUUACUUGCGGUAAACAAAGAGGAAUAAAUACUAAUCAUUUCGUUUCGAAGGAAGAUGCAAACGUCAGGGUAAUAUAUUCCAUCAAAGGAGAAGAAUAUAAGGAGUUUUUAUUGAAUGUGUUAUCAAAAGACGCGUAAUUAUUGUGAUAGAUAAUUAUAUUUUAAUGUACUCAGUAUAACUAUAAAAUGUAUGUAAAUAAAU